UCCAAAAGACACGGAGCAUGUGAAUCAAAAUGAAAACACCGAGUGCCAUCAGACAAACGCUACAAAGAGAGGAACCCGGAGGGAUGUCAAAAAUGCAGGCAAAUGCUAAUACCGAAUCAAGGCCAUAGGCUUAACAUCGUGACACACCGGUUAUCUUAUUAGAUCCCAGAACCGGAUUCUUCUGAAUGCUCAGGGACGAGGAAACCCUUCGCCGCAGAGGAUGCGAAAACGGAGUUAUUAUCAGCGCUUUGUGUAAGCAGAGAAAACAACUGAUCUCGAGCUGUCACAGAGGUAAAUUGUAGUGGAUGGGAACCUUCUCUGCGCCCUCUACCUUCCACAUGACCCCACUCUCCCUGUUUCCUCUGCUCCCGUGAAGAUUCGUAACACUCUCUAACACACCCAGACAGCAUGGCGUCCACUGCACAGAUUCUAGAGUUUAAGUUUUCCCCACCCUCUCAGGAUGGGAGUCCAGAGCGUCUGUUCAGCUGUGAUGAGGACAUUGAACGGCGCUACGAGGUGGUCCCGUCUGUCGUCUGCUCCAUGUGUUGCCUGUUUGGCAUCAUCUACUGCUUCUUCGGGUACCGUUGCUUCAAGGCUGUAAUGUUCCUCACGGGUCUGAUGUUUGGUUCCAUCAUCAUCUUCAUGCUCUGCUAUAAGGAGAGGGUCAUGGACACUCAGCUCAGUGUGGAGGCCAGCGUGGGCAUUGGCCUGGGCAUUGGCACGUUGUGCGGUUUGGUCACUAUGCUGGUCCGCAGCGUGGGGCUUUUCAUGGUUGGACUUCUCCUGGGUUUACUGGUGGCCCUGGCCUCUCUGGUGGUUCUAGAGGAGUUUUAUCACCCGAGGACAGUGUGGCUUCCCCUGGGUGUGCUGCUGGGUUCAGGCACACUGUUUGCUGUGCUCACGUUGCAGUGGCAGCGCUGUUUCACCACCCUCUCCACCGCCGUCUUCGGAGCCGCUGUGGUGACUGUGACUGUGGAUUAUUUUGUUGAGCUCUUUGCUUUAACAAGGUAUAUCUAUGAGAGGGUGAAGGUGGAUGCGCCUCGCCCAGUGUGUUGGUUCACAUGGGUGGUCAUGGGAGUCUGGCCCGUGCUGGCGCUGCUGGGUGUUCUUAUUCAGUGGAAGGUCACUGCUGAAGGAUAUUCACACACAGAAGUCUUCAUCAGUCACCAGCAGAGAAGAGUACAGUUAAUGCGGAUUCGUCAAAAGGAACAAAGAAGGGAAUGCCGAAAGAAAAAGAAGAAAAAGCCACAGAUACAGCCACCACAGCAACAGAAGUACCAUCACCCCCUUCAGACCAACCCUCAUCCCCCAAACCCUCCUCCCAAACUCCAGCCUCCAGAGCCCACCCACCGCCGCAAACCCAACACCAUUCGCCGCUUCGAUGGAGAUGUGCUUUCUCCGAGUUACAUCCAGAACUUCCGUGACAGACGUACGGACAGAAGAGGCUACUCUCAUGACAGGUUGAUUGGCGGCUCACAUAUUGUAGAAUUGGACUAUGACUGCGGUUCCCGAGUGCCCCUAACAGCCCAUACAGGUCCCGCAGUGAGAGGCUGACCCUGUACUCUUCACUGAACAGGAACUGCACAGCACAAACCAUUCCAAGAACUUUGCGGCCGGAUCAGAUCUAGAGCAUGUGGUUACCUCAGCCGCCACGAUGGCUGACAUGACUUACAUACCAAAAUCGAUUUGCUGUAUUCCCAUGCUGUAUUUUUGUUCAAAUGCCACAAACGUUGCAGCAAAUGGAUCAUUUGUUUACAAAACACUGUGGAACCACAGUAUGGCUCAGCUCUCCUGCAUUUAACUCCAUUAUAUAUUGCUGAAGAUGGUUGUGGUAUGUUUGUGUGCUUCUCCUCCCAUAAUUAGGCUGCUGUUUCACUCCAUCCAAGAAGAAUGGUCUCAUUACCACAGCAGAACAUCCAUUCUGUACAAUCUGAACUCGGGGACCAAAUACGGCUUUGCCAUUUUUGCGUCUAAACUGUCAUAAAGCAUGCUCGGAUUCUGUCUGGCAGACUAUUUGUAUAUCCAGUUUACAGGUUCAUGCUUCAAUCCUCCUGUUCGUUUGUGACCUUUUAAAGAUGUUUCAGAUAACAUUAUGUUUACAGCACAGGCAGGGAGGUGUGCAUCGUUUUAUAACCGUUUCAAAUGGCUUUAUCUGCUCUGUGUCAGGGCCCACACAAAAUCUGUCAAACCGUGUAUGGUGAACACAAUCUCUGUUCAGUCUGAGCCUGUUGCACAAGCAUAUAAUGAAAUGAUCCGUGCAUUUAUUAUUAGCCAGUGCAUGUGGGCAAAGUGCUACCAUUGCUUUUUGUGUUGUAGUUAUACAUGUUUAAUCUGCUUAGUUGUUUUUUUUUUUUGUUUAAGGCUUCGUAUCUAGAGACUGUUUGGGUGGCUCCCAGUUAUAUCUCAGGGGCUGUGGCAUCCAGAGGAGUCCUAACGAUGUAACUGUGAACACUAAGGGGUUUCGUGUGACUGAUUUAAGUGUCCUUGCCUACAAGAGAGAGUUUUGAAAAGGAUUAAAGAAAGAUGCCCAAGAAGGGUGGAAGAUAUUUCCAAUGGUGGACUUCUCACAGAAAAAGAUGUGUAUUUCUGUGUGUAGAAAGCAUGAAAUGAAGAGAGAUAGACAGAGUGUCUCUGUAUUUGGAGUAUUCUGUGUGGUGUGUUUGUGUAUGAAUAUGUGAAAGCAUUUGUCAUACUGUGAGUCUGCAGUAGGGUUCAGUCUUUAUUUCUGAUUUACCCACAUAUUUGGAUAUGGGGUGAAUUCACACCCAGUUUCCCGUCUGGGUUUAUCAGGGCUGUUGGAGCAAUGAAGAGUCAAAGUCUAAUCUUUUCCUCACUCUAAAGUAGUGAAAGGGCUCAAAGGCUUAAAUUCCUCUGUUUACUGCAUCUCUUUCAAAGUAACAGCUUGGCUUUCCUGUAAAUUUUUGUACAUUGUCUGAAUGUAAAUAUGCUUGCAUUUCUUUAUUCUUGCUAGUGCUUUGGUUAUUUUUAUAAAUGUUUUUUUUUUCUAAUCCGUGGUUACAUCUGUGUGCUGAAAAACUGUCUCUUUGAAUUGUCCCAUUGAUAGUUAUUUGUAAUUAUAAUUUAUUUCUAAUUUAUUAGAUUAAGACUUCAAGUGGAGCUCUGUAUGUAAUUAAAUUGAUGUUGAUCAUUAUUCUUUUUUCAUUAUUCCUGAGCAUGUAUUUGUACAAUACUGAUAACCAUAAAUGUUGUGCUCCUGAAGUCAAA